GUCUUGCAUUGGCUUGCUUGAGUAAUGACCCGCAGUACACCUAAGAAGUAAGAACAAUAGUUGCAUGCUCUUCUCUUCUGUCCCCCCAAAAUAAUCAAGAGAGCGAAUUAGCUGUUAGUUGUCCUUUUGUUGCUACAAAGAUAGAUAGAGGCAGACAAGAUUCUUCGUUCUUGGAUCGAAUUAAGAUCGAUCCAUCAGGAGGAACUAACUAAACAAGUCAAGCAGGUACGUACGGUGAUCGAUCGAGCGAGUAGUUACAGGAGGGAAAAUAAAGCAACCAGCAAUGGCAAGUGAAGCGGCAUCAUCCAUCAUCUCCAACCCCUUGGCUCCUCUCACCAACCUGCAGCAGCCGGCGUCUCAUCAACAAGCAGCUGAGCAGCAGCCGCCUCUCCCUCCUCGCGCCAAGAAGAAGCGCAACCUCCCGGGCACACCAGACCCUGAUGCCGAGGUCAUCGCGCUGUCGCCGAGGACGCUGCUGGCCACGAACCGGUUCGUGUGCGAGAUCUGCGGCAAGGGCUUCCAGCGCGACCAGAACCUGCAGCUCCACCGGCGGGGGCACAACCUGCCAUGGAAGCUGCGGCAGCGCAGCGGCAAGGAGCCCCGGAAGCGCGUCUACGUGUGCCCGGAGAAGAGCUGCGUCCACCACAACCCGGCGCGCGCGCUCGGCGACCUCACCGGAAUCAAGAAGCACUUCUGCCGGAAGCACGGCGAGAAGAAGUGGAAGUGCGACAAGUGCAGCAAGCGCUACGCCGUGCAGUCGGACUGGAAGGCGCACUCCAAGACCUGCGGCACCAGGGAGUACCGAUGCGACUGCGGCACGCUCUUCUCGAGGCGCGACAGCUUCAUCACCCACCGCGCCUUCUGCGACGCGCUGGCGGAGGAGACGGCCAGGCUCAGCGCCGCCGCGGCCGCGCCCAGCGCCGCCACGUCGCUCUGCGGCCAGAGCAGCAGCAGCUACCUCUUCGCGGGGCUGGCCGUGCGCCCCAAUAUGAUGCUCCCGCCGGCCCCCGCCGCACCGCACCUCAAGCCUGCUGGGCUCUCGCUCUGGGGCGGCAACACGCUGGGCGACAUCGGUGGUGGCGUCCUGGCCGGGCCAGGUGGCGGUGCGCCAGUGCCCCCGCACCUGUACGCGGAUCUCCUCGCGCGGACCUCGGACGCGGCGGUGCAGCUGGGGCUGGGCUGGCUGUACGGGAACGGCAAGCUCUCCUCGUCAAACAACGCCAGCGAGCUGACGACGGCGACAACGGAGGCGGAAAGCGUGCCCUCCGUGUUCAGCGGGCAGCAGCACGCGAAGCCCGCGGCGCCCACCGACAUGUCCGCGACGGCGCUGCUGCAGAAGGCCGCGCAGAUGGGUGCCGUGACGUCCGGCAACGCCAUGUCCGACGACGCUGGAGCAGCCACGUUGUUCCAGCAGAGCGCUAAUAACAAUCCCACCGGGAACGUGGCCUACGACGACGUCUUGUCGGCGGUGCGCCACGCCGGGCUCAUCAAGGACGCCGCCGUGGGGAGGGAGGAGACCAGGGAUUUCUUAGGCGUUGGCGUGCAACCGCUGUGCUCUUCAUCGCUGCCUCUGCAAGGUUGGAUUUGAUUUGCAGGUAAUGCAAUUAAUCACGUAGCUAGCCAUGAGAUCGAGAUGAUCAUCAGUCAGUACGUAGCCUUAAUUUGAACCGAUCAAUAUAUGGACGAGCUCUGUUGUAAGCUGCAAGACCGUACCGAUGCAUUAUUAUCUAAUAUCCAAGUUCAUUCUCACAAAAGAACUUUAUAUAUAUAUAUAUAUAGUUUUUUUA